AUGUUUUCCGCACGAGGUGCGGAAGGCCAAGCCUCCAAGCAGUCGACACCUCGGUCAGGAUUGAAAGGCAUUUUGCGAGGCACGCUGUCUGACCGUAGGAUGAAAGGUAGCAGGAAGACGACUGGAGGAGCCAAGCAAGCCGAGAAGCAGGAUGGCAAGAAGAAACCAAAAGCUACGAGCUUGUACAAGGGAGAAGGAGUGCUGGUGGUAGAGGACGAUAAACGCAUCAUUUUCUACUGCACUCUCUGCGACGUAUGGGCUUACCAUGACGCGAGCCUGGUGGACCAUUUACAUGGGAAGAAGCACAAGCGGAAACAGGCGGAAGCCACGCCGCUCACCUCACCACCGUCCAGCGUCACCGGGAGUCCACCUUGGGAGAAAACGUCCAAGUUGACGCCGCCGUGGAAGCUCGUUGGGGAAGGGAAAACCUCCGCCGUGUCUCCUUCCUCCAAGCGUAAAGCACCUCAUUCCACUGAUACCUCGAAGUCUGCUGGUGGUGGUUCUAAGCGGCAAAGAAAAGCCAACGGUCAAGAUGUUACAGUUACACCUGGCGCUGAGGCGAAUGCAGGCGACAUUGUUCCAGAAACACGAGAAGAAGAAUCGGAUGAACCAAGCCGACCUGGGGACUUCGCCCUUGCGUUGUUCAGAUUCACAAAUCUGAUUGGUCGCCGAGGGAAGUGGGAGAAGCAGCUGUUGAAAUGGUCGGAUGCUGGUCCUGGUGUUAAGCACGUUCAGAAGGAGGAGCUACCGCUGCUGGCAGAUGUCCCCGCUGAGCAUCCAGAGGAGCUUAAGAAGCAAUUGCAAAACGCCAAUGACAAGGAAGUUUCCCGAGAUGGUGAUGAAGCUGUCAAGGAUAAGGAACCGAACGCCACGUCUGCUGAGCUACAUUGCACAGACAAGCCAGCUGAAGUCAAUGCAGAUGUGGAAGUAGCGGGUGGAGCUCGCCCUAGUGACGACUCUGCUGCCGUGCCUGGGCUGCACGAGGAUGCCUCUGGUAGAGCUGAAGGCGAACCAGCUGACAGCAUACCUGGAGCUGCAGUGCCAGAAGCAGCUGCAGGGGUCGAUUCUUCUGGAGAUGGGAAAGCACCAGGUGCAGUGCCAGCGAAGAGACGGAAAGGAGCCCUGGGAGCGGGUGCAGGAGCAGCGGCAGCGAGAGUGUGCUUUCUGUGCCAGCUGCCCAUGAUGGAAGGGCAGGUGGUUGGCGCUCUGUGGAACACACGCUUGAAACAGUUCGCCUGCAGCAGCAGAAAUCGACACAAGAAGUUCCACAUAUUCCAUUCGCACUGCAUAGCGGACUGGGUGGUCUUCUGCUCUGCUGUCGCCAGCACCAGUGUGCCGCCCGCCCUCUGCUGCCCGCUCGAGGCAGACGGCACAGGGCGCUAUGGCCCUCACAACGCCCUGGAGCACCCCCGCUACCGCCUUGCUCAGGUGUUUGACUGGAUCGUGGCCAUGAUGGUGGCUCGGCACAAGGCAACCCUUGCACAGAAGGGAAGCUCGGCGAGCAGUGGAGAGGGGGAUAAGGAUGGUGGUGCAGGAGGAGAGGCGGCAGAAGUGGGUGCGGCAGGCAAGGGAGAUGCCACCAUGGCAGACGCUGAGGGUGCACCAGAGGGCGGAGAGAAGGCAGCAAAGGGGGCCGAGGGAGCAUCAGAGGGCGGGGAAAAGAUCCCAGAGGGCAGGGAGAAUGUGGAGAGGUCAGCUGGCAGGGAGGCGGAUAAGGGCUUGUGUGAUGAGAGGGAGGAAACAGCAGCUGAGGCUGCUCCUCCUCCUGCACCCACUCCCUCUCAGGCGGCUCACAGUGCAGCAGUCACUGGCGGGUCCCUUCCAGGGAAUGAAGCAGGCGUGCAGGAUACGGGUGCUGGCAGCGGCAUGGGCGUGGUUGCUGGCAGCAUGCGAGCCAGCAGCCCUGCGGAGAGUGCUGCAGAGAAGGGUUCAGAAGGAGGGUGCCGUCUGCGCUUCGCAGACCAAACUGUACAGAAGGCAGCAGACGCUGCAUUCUACAACCUCAGGGUGCUUCCAGCUGAGUGUCUGUCUGCACACUUGGGCAAGGGAAAGCGGACAGGCACAGCUACAGGACCAAAAAAGCAUGCAUAG